CACGGAUGCUCUUUCCGCCAGCGCCACCAAGCAAUGUCAAGCUAUGAGGCCAACUCAAUCUUGCGUACCUCUCGCGCGAGCUCCAUUCAGCUUGACGAGCGACAUGUCCGUGGUCAGGAUCAUACACGGUUAAGUCCAGAAGAUGCAGUCUACGGCUCGUUACCGCGCCGGCCGCACCACCGCGAAAGCAGUCCCUUAGGCAGAAGUGAUACCGUGACAUUAGGAAAUGCAUCUCACCCAGCACCCGCCUACUCUCGCAAGCGUCACGAGAAGCGUAGAGGCCGCAGUGGAAGCCGAAGACCGAAAGCAGUAUGGAAGAAGCUGCUUUGGGUGAAGCAGAGCUACCCUGACAAUUACACCGACGAGGAGACUUUCCUCGACCACUUACAGCGGAAUCCAAGGUUGAGACCCUAUGAGUUCUGGCCGUUAGUCGCGGACAGCACGAUCAUUGUACAACAUGUCUGCUCUGUGAUCAUCUUUGUGUGUUGCUUUACCGGCAUCUUUCAGGAACGUAUUAGCCCGCAGACAAUUGUUAGCUGGGCGACCAUUGGCACUGUCGCUGGGUGGGUCAUGUGGGACUUUUGGCAGAGCCAGGAGCAAAAGGAGCGAGCUACCCUUGCCAAGCUGGUGCAGGAAGAUGGCACGGGAGGAGAGGAUGCUGCACAACGGUCUUCCUCCAGCGCUUCAGACUCCGCACCUAGAGCCUCCUCAGUUGCCGCGGAAUUUGGAAUGCAAUUAACAGAAUCUUCGAUAUCACUGCGAGCGGACCAGGGUCAAGAUACAUUCCAAUCGCAGAAGUCGGGGCUGACUGCCUCUGCGUCGAAGACUAGCCUACCGCCAGUGUCUGCCAUUCCGGGCGUCGACCAAAGCGUCCUUCCACCAACUGUUGCAUCACCACCACCGGCUUACGUUCCGCCGUACCAAGGCAAGCCUUCGGUAUUCUCUCUGCGAGUGCAAGAGCGGUUGCUUACAGCGAAGUCCGCUGUACUAAUCUAUUGCAGCCUUCUCGGACUGUCACCCAUCUUAAAGUCGCUUACCAAGUCCACGUCUAGUGACAGUAUAUGGGCAUUGAGCAGCUGGCUGAUGAUCCUCAACGUCUUUACCUUUGAUUACAGUGCCGGUCCGGAAGCCACAUUUCCUGCGUCGCUCUCCACUAAUGCCGCGCUCAUGGCGAGUACAGUGCUCGCUUCUCGUCUACCAUCUACGACUCACGUAUUCAGCCUCACGCUCUUCUCCAUCGAAGUAUUUGGGCUCUUUCCGGUUUUCCGGAGGCAUCUGCGGCAUCAUAGCUGGAAUGGGCACCUCGGUCUGACCUUCUUCCUGGUCGCCGUGGCGGGUGCCGGACUAUCAAUGAUCAUCAGUAGAGGAGGUUGGGGCUUCGGCAUACUUGGCAUGGUGCUUGGCGGUCUUGCUACGUGCCUUAGUAUGGGGAUGACGAGCUGGUGGCUGAUCGGGCUUCAGCGGUACAAGAACGAAAUACGUGGACCUUGGGAUCCUGCACGGCCAGUGAUCAGGCGUGGGUGGGACUAAUGUACGUGAUGAUCUUCAUUUGAGCUGUGAAGAUCGAACCUAUAGCUCAUUAAUAAGCCAUACUAAACCUGUCGUGUACUCAGACCGUAUACCAUUGGAUUAUGAAAUGACUAGGCUGUGG